UGCCUCUGCUUCAAAACGCAGCCGAAAGCAAAGAAUCCCGUACCAUAAACUGUCCAUCUUCAUAUCGAAAACCCUAAUAUAAAACCCUGAUUCCCUUUAAAAUACCAACUUCAAUGGUGGAAACUAGAAAGAGAAGCCGGAAACCAAGAGCUCCGGCUUCAACUACCGAAGCCGUGGACUUAGAAUACUCAAACGCCACCAACGCCGCAGAAAACGCCCAAAAUGAUGGCUUUAUCUCUGAAAACAACUUGGUAUCGACCGCUGCCGCAGAAAAUGAAGUCGAAAACCAGCCACCAAAGCGUCGAGGCCGAGGGCGACAAAGGAAGUCUGGGUUGGGACACACGGAGGAUACGGAGCCCCAUGUGGCUGCUUCCCCAGAAAGAAGGCCUUAUCAAAAUGGGGGAGUGGUGUUGGAGCCGCCAUCGCAGCCGGUGGCGAAUUGGGAGAGCGCGGCGGCGAGAGUUGUUCCCGCGAUGGAUGCGGUGGUGAAAGUGUUCUGCGUUCACACGGAGCCAAAUUAUUCGCUGCCAUGGCAGAGGAAAAGACAGUAUUCUUCAAGCAGUAGUGGGUUUAUAAUUGGAGGGAAAAGAGUGUUAACAAAUGCUCAUUCUGUGGAGCAUUAUACUCAAGUGAAGUUGAAGAAAAGGGGGUCUGAUAUCAAGUAUCUGGCUACUGUUUUGUCUAUUGGGACUGAAUGUGAUAUUGCAAUGUUAACAGUUGAAGAUGAUGAGUUCUGGGAAGGUGUUUCACCUGUGGAUUUUGGAGAUUUGCCUGCACUCCAAGAUGCUGUAACUGUUGUGGGCUAUCCAAUUGGAGGUGACACAAUCUCUGUUACUAGUGGCGUCGUAUCACGUAUUGAGAUACUCUCUUAUGUUCAUGGGUCAACUGAACUUUUAGGACUACAGAUAGACGCCGCUAUAAACUCUGGAAAUUCUGGGGGACCUGCCUUCAAUGAUAAUAGAAAAUGUGUUGGUAUUGCCUUCCAAUCUUUGAAACAUGAAGAUGCUGAAAAUAUUGGGUAUGUCAUACCUACACCGGUUAUAAUGCACUUCAUUCAGGAUUAUGAAAAGAAUGGAGCGUAUACAGGCUUCCCUGUCCUGGGUGUUGAGUGGCAAAAAAUGGAAAAUCCUGAUUUGCGCUUGGCAAUGGGGAUGAAAGCAGAUCAGAAGGGGGUCCUUAUUAGGAGAAUUGAGCCCACAGCUCCAGAAUCUAAUCUUCUGAAGCCAUCUGAUAUUAUACUUAAUUUUGAUGGGGUAAAAGUUGCUAAUGAUGGAACAGUUCCAUUCAGGCAUGGGGAGCGUAUAGGUUUCAGCUAUCUUGUUUCUCAGAAGUAUACUGGGGACAUUGCAUCAGUUAAAGUUCUCCGUAAUUCGAAGAUACUUUCAUAUGACAUAAAACUUGCAACUCACAAGAAGCUCAUCCCUGCACACACCAGUGGGAAACCGCCUUCUUACUACAUUAUUGCUGGAUUUGUUUUUACAGCUGUAACUGUUCCAUACUUGCGUUCUGAGUAUGGGAAGGACUAUGAAUUUGAUGCACCAGUCAAAUUAUUGGAUAAGCAUCUGCAUGCAAUGUCACAGUCUACAGAUGAACAGCUUGUUGUUGUUUCACAGGUGCUUGUGGCUGACAUAAAUAUUGGAUAUGAGGAAAUCGUCAAUACCCAGGUUAUUGCUUUCAAUGGAAAACCUGUGAGGAAUCUAAAGAACUUAGCCAAGAUGGUUGAUAGCUGCAAAGAUAAAUAUUUGAGAUUUGACCUGGAAUAUCAGCAGAUUGUAGUCCUACAGACCAAGGAUGCAAAGGCUGCAACUUUAGAUAUUCUAACGACACAUUGUAUAUCUUCUGCAAUGUCUGAUGAUCUCAUGUCUUGAGUAAAGGUCAAGGGGACACACUGGGUGAUAGUUUUAUGUGAUCCUCUUGUUGCAUGUUCCUCAUGAAGGUACAGCAUUAUUGAAUUGCAUCUGCAGAUACUAGUAGCACUUGAGAGAUACCCCAUAUUGUUAAGUUUUGCCUAUUCGUCUGCAGGUUGUAGCCAUGGCUGCAUAGUUCGAACACGGUUUGCAGAUCUUAGUUUUAGUUUCAUAUUGAAGUAGACAGUUGGUCAUUUUUGCUACACCUGCUCAGGAAAGCAUUUUUGUACCUCUCCCCCCCCCCUCACUUGAAGAAGCAUGAUGUAUAAUCAAGUAAAUUUAGUCACAUAUCUGAUUACCAAAUCAGGCAUUUUGCUACCCAAUGAAUGAGGUACCGUUACGUUAAAUGAAUAACCUUUGUGCCA